CGGCACCAACGGCCGGCACCAACGGCCGCCCCUCACACGCGCACACAAAACCACGCGCCCGCGCCUGCGCCACGCGCGCUCUCUCCCCCCCAUCCCCCCCCGCCGCCAUGUGACGGCGGCCGCCCCGCCCGCGCGGCUGGCGGCGGCCGGUGACCCGGAUGCGGCUGCUCCGCGAGAUGGCGGCGGGCGCCGCGCGGUAGGAGGCGGGACCAUGGCGGACCUGGGCCGGCAGCUGCAGGAGUACCUGGCGCAGGCGAAGGGCGGCGGCGGCGCCUCCAGCUCCAGCGCGGCCCCGGACCCAGCCCCAGCCGGCUGCUCGGGGGCCGAGGCGGCGGCGGCAGGCGGCGGCGGCGCGGCGGGCGGCGGCUGGCCGUGGGCGGCCGAGGCGGACCCCUGGCUGCCGGAGCUGUCGCGCUGGCAGCGGCUGGCGGGCGGCGGGCUGUGCCUGCUGCUGGCGGCGCUGUGCUGGGCGCUGGCGGCGCUCUACGCGCCGCUGCUGCUGCUGCGCGCCCGCAAGUUCGCGCUGCUCUGGUCGCUGGGCUCCGUCUGCGGCCUGGGCGCCGCCGCGCUGCUGCGCGGGCCCCGUCGCCUGCUGCAGGAGCCCGGCGGCGCCACGCUGCUCUACCUGGCCGCCCUGGGCGGCACCUUGUACGCGGCGCUGGCGAGGCGCAGCGCGGCCCUGGCGGCGCUGGGCGCCGCCGCCCAGCUCGGCGCCGCCGUCGCCGCGCUGCCUGGCGGCGCCGCCGGCCUGCGCCGCCUCGGUCGCCUGCUGGGCCCGGCUCUGCGGCGCCGCGCCGCCGCCGCGCUGCCGGUGUGACCCCCCCUUCCCCCCGCCGGAGCUACCGGCAAAGCACCCGCCCCGGAGCGCCCCGCGGACGAGCGCCGGCGGCGGAGCCGCGAGGAGACGCGCCUCCCGGAGACGGCGGCGACGGCGGACACCCGCCCUGCGCUGGGACCCGGCGUUUGCUCGCAGCCCUGCGAGCCGGGGAGCCCCAGCCGAGGCGCGGGGCGGCGCCGCAGCGCCUCGUGCCGCGCAGCGGCGUCCCCGCGCGGCAGGGGCCGCCCGGAGCCGCUGCAAACCGUGAGUGAGGCGGCGGCGCUGCUGGCGCGGCCCGGAGGAAGCGCUUUGUGCUCGCGGCGCGUGGGAGUGACUCGCUCGGAAGAUGCCGGAGACGCGGAGACGGCGGGCAGAGCCCGUCCGCGCGCGGGAGCGGGGUGAGAGUUGGAAAGCCGUUAACUGCCGUAACGUCAGCGCGUUUUUGCGCUGACCUUCGCGAGCUGAACGCGUACUUGCACUGGCUGGUGGAUGUGGAUACUAUUUGCCACUGAACUGCAUUCCUCUUAAAAAAAAAAAAAAAAAAACUUUAAAAUACCGUCCAAUAAAUGAGACAAACAUUCACGGGGCUGUGGGUCCCAAAGACAGUAUCCUUACCUGUAAGGGUAAUCUUUCUGAACACGAUGCUGGAACGAAGGGUGCUAAUGGUGUUUGAGACUCGCAGCCUUUGCAGGUGUUGCUGCCGUAAGGCAGUAGAUACCUGGGCUCCAAAGGUGUAGCUUCAGCUCUUAAAGCUUUAUUUUGCUUUCUGUAUUUUUGACUUAAAUUGGGCAGGAACCGCUCAGUGUCACAGCGUGACCUUCAAAAAUAGACCUGCUAGCAAUUAGUCAAAGCCUGUUUCAGCUAGUACAGCUCUGUUAAAAUCCAGAAACUAAUCGCCUUUUAGUAAGGUGCUGAAUCCAGGCUGACAGCCCCCGGAGAGGCUGGUGCUUCAGCUGUGUGCUGCACUACUGCAGACACAUGAGACAGCCAGGCCCAGCCCGCUCACAGCCUAAGUGGGUAUCUCACUGUCCCACUGAGUAUACGUGCCUUUUUUAUAAAAUAAAGCCACACACGGCAAUAUCUGUCUGCAUUGCUACUUAGGGUUUAACCUAUUCAUGCAGUAUUUACUCUGAAAUAAACUGAAAUUGUAAAAUGAGAAGGGGGGUUAAAUGUACAUAAAUUGCUUUAAUAAAACUAUUUGUAUACCAAAUACCAGUA